GGAGGGAGGAGGGAGGGUGGUGGAUUAAAAUAAGUAGGCGGCUCGGUGCUAAAGGAUGAGUGAGUCGAAGCUCGGCCUCUACCCCGCACGUUCACAGGCGUUCCCGGUUCAGACUCAGCGAGGGAGCCGCGAGCAAGGCUCACCGACCCCGGGCGGGCUGGACUCCCGGGCUGUUGGGUGCUCCCGUGUGUCUGACUCUCGGAAUCCCCGCAACUGGAGAGAGAUCUGGACUCUAGCGCUCCAGGGGUACCCGAGGACCCCAGCGCUUCUGGUUUCCCCGGUCUCUUGCAGCGAGAGCCGCGGAGACGCGCUCAACCCCGGGACCGCGGAGUAACAAGAUCAAGAUUGAGGACCUACUGCAACUAUCACAAUGGGCAGCAAAACCUUGCCAGCACCGGUGCCCAUUCACCCGUCCCUGCAGCUCACCAACUACUCCUUCCUUCAGGCAGUAAAUGGCCUGCCCACGGUGCCCUCGGACCACCUGCCCAACCUAUAUGGUUUCAGUGCAUUGCACGCUGUGCACCUGCACCAGUGGACGCUGGGCUACCCGGCAAUGCACUUGCCACGCUCCUCUUUUUCCAAAGUACCAGGCACCAUGUCCAGCCUGGUGGACGCACGCUUCCAGCUGCCUGCCUUUCCCUGGUUCCCUCAUGUCAUCCAACCCAAGCCAGAGAUCACCGCUGGGGGCAGCGGACAAGCACUCAAGACCAAGCCUCGCUUUGAUUUCGCUAACCUGGCCUUGGCCGCCACGCAAGAAGAUCCGUCCAAGCUUGGCAGGGGGGAGGGCCCUGGCUCCCCCACUGGUGGGCUUGGCGUCCUCCUCGAUGUGACCAAGCUGUCUCCAGAAAAAAAGCCCACGAGGGGUCGCCUGCCUUCCAAGACCAAGAAGGAAUUUGUCUGCAAGUUCUGUGGCCGCCACUUCACCAAGUCCUACAACCUGCUUAUCCAUGAGCGGACACACACCGAUGAGCGGCCCUACACCUGUGACAUCUGCCACAAAGCCUUCCGGAGGCAAGACCACCUACGGGACCACAGAUAUAUUCACUCUAAAGAGAAGCCUUUCAAGUGUCAAGAGUGUGGAAAAGGAUUCUGCCAGUCCAGGACUCUCGCUGUCCACAAGACACUGCAUUCACAGGUGAAGGAGCUCAAAACUUCCAAGAUCAAAUGCUAAACAGAACCCAGGGUCACUGAGACCUGGGCCAGGCCGCCUUCUGCUCCAUAGGUACCAGAAGCCAAAGGCAACUCGACUCUGGUGGGCAGAGGGAGGGGCGUUGGGGACCGUCCUCCACCCCAACAAUGCCCCCUGGGUCUGCAGCGCACGCGGUGCUCCAAACCGGUCCUAGGCCGCGACUGCCCUGGCGCCUCCCCCAGGACGCGGCUAAACUUUUGGCCAAAAGGCGGUACUCACGGUACUCAUGUGGCGGAAGGGAAUCUGCAUUAAGAAAAGAACGAAAGCUCCGUGGAGCCGCAGCGGCGCCUCUCCCAGAAGUAUUACUUUUUCUAUUGUUAUUUUAUACGUUUUCUUUAUUAUUAUUUUUUCUUUGACCAUAUAAGCUUGUAAGUCUGACUGCGGAGAGAGGGGAGCAGAAAAGAAGUUCUGCGCUCUGGCAGCUUCCCACACCCCUCUUCUGUCCCCAUCCCCACCCCCGGGGAGCCUGCAAACGUGUAAUCCUAGUAUCUGCUUCAGCAGCCAGGCCCAGAGACCGCAGGCUGGGACGUCCCGCCCCACGCCCCACUCCCACCGCGCAGCCGGUGGCGGACUCCCGGACUCCCAGACUCAGACCGCGGGCAGGGACCUCGAGCCCUGGGGCAGGAGGCGACCAGUCCUCCCGCUCCCUUGCUCCGCUGCCGCGUCACCGCCAGCGAGCCGCCGGCCAGGAGCCGGACGUCGUAUUGCGAUUGGCACUUUAUGCUGACCAUCGGUAACGGACAUUUAUCACUGGAGGUUUUUAACUAUUAAAUAAACGGUUAUUUUACAGGCAUUGCAGAAUGAAUAGUUUCCCUACGAAACCCAUGAAGUCAAUGGCUCCUUUUUUUGAGUCUCCAACCUGUCCUGCUUCCCUUAGGGUGGCAGGGCUGGCAUGGGUGGGGAAACCCCCCUCCUGAUGGCGCUCUGCCCCUGUCCCAGCCCAAGUUUAUUUUUUACUCCUCUCCUCUGCUUUGGUGUUAAGAUCUCGGUCUCCCCACUCCUCAUCUCCGAAGGUUGUGCGUUUACCAAAAAAGAAAACAAAAUAAAAACACCUGAGUUUGACAC